GCUCUGGGCUGAGCGCUCUCCAUCCUCCCGCAGGAGAUGGGGGGAUCCAGGCGGCCCCGGCCCUCGGCCACCGCCUGAGCCCCCCCGGACCCUCCCUCCGCCGAGCUGAGCUGGGCAAAGCAAGGAUAUGAACGGUUAUGCAGGUGGGCUUCUCUGGGAGAGUGAAGAGAUAAGGCAUCCAAUCAGGCUCUGGCAACCUGCAGCCCUGCCAAUAUGCCCCUCCAACAGAUUUCUGUAGUCCCAGCGCGGGAGACUGCCAGCAAUGGGAGAAGUUCACUGGGCAGAAACAAAGAGAAGAACAAGGAAGGAGAGAAUGACAAGUCCCCAGGACGCUCUACGAGUCGAUCGAGUAACAUAUCAAAAGCAAGCAGCCCUACAACAGGAACGGCUCCCAGAAGCCAAUCACGGCUGUCUGUCUGUCCAUCCACUCAGGACAUCUGUAGGAUCUGCCACUGUGAGGGAGACGACGAGAGUCCCCUCAUCACUCCGUGCCGCUGCACGGGAACUCUGCGGUUCGUUCAUCAGGCCUGCCUGCAUCAGUGGAUAAAGAGCUCGGACACUCGCUGCUGUGAACUCUGCAAGUAUGAUUUCAUAAUGGAGACGAAGCUCAAACCCCUUCGGAAGUGGGAGAAACUACAGAUGACGACGAGCGAGAGGAGAAAGAUCGUCUGUUCUGUCACAUUCCACGUGAUCGCUAUCACCUGCGUGGUCUGGUCGCUGUACGUGUUAAUAGAUCGGACUGCCGAGGAAAUCAAGCAAGGCAAUGACAACGGUGUCCUCGAAUGGCCAUUUUGGACAAAACUGGUUGUGGUGGCCAUCGGGUUCACAGGGGGCCUCGUCUUCAUGUAUGUCCAGUGUAAAGUCUACGUUCAGUUAUGGCGCCGACUGAAGGCCUACAACCGCGUGAUUUUUGUGCAGAACUGCCCGGACACUGCCAAGAAACUCGAGAAGAAUUUCUCGUGUAAUAUGACCGUGGACACCAAGGACGCUGUGGCGGUGCCGGUGUCCCAAACGGGGACGGGUUCUCCACCCUCCCUGGAAGCGGGAGCCCCAGAGGUCAUUCCCGUUUGAAGGGGCCGGUCGGAGGUCCUUCCCCGAAGAGUCUGUCGUGCGUCCGCUUGCUACCCAGACGCCACUACGGAGAUCAGGAGCGAGCCGACGACCCCAUUCUCCCCUCACCCCCAAACACACACCGGACCAAACACGAGGAAGCACCUUCCUAACAAAAUAACGAACUGGCGGACAGGUGGUUGUGGUGAAAUGGCGCCCGCCUGCUCCUUGCGGGAUGUUGGCCGGACAGAGUGGCGUGGCAUGAGCCCGCGAUGAAAAAAGCACGUUUAGAAGAUGGUUUUGAAAAGAAUCCCCGGGCCAAGGAGAGCUUUUUAACCUGAGUGGCAAGGUGCAGAUCUGAAACCCAGACCUCUUCUUUUUUGUCUGUUUACUAGGGUGGUAAGAGGAGGAAGAGAAAGUAUAGUUGAAGUUAGAUGUGUGUUACUUCUUGGGUCUUGUUUGAUCGUUCUCUCACCCACAGUUAUGAAUGAGAAGGGAUGAUGCACCUGGCUUGGAGCCUUAGAAAACUGUGCACAUUAAAGCCCAAAUCAAACCCAGGAACAGACUUGAAAAUAGGCUGCUGAUUUUCCAAGCCUCCCAAUUUGACAAUUAACAGAUUUAUAUGGUGACACUGGAGCCUGUUUUGACAGCUGCAUGAACUGAAAAUAGUUUCCAUCCACACUUGAUGGAAUUAAUGCUCCUGAAUUAUAUAAAUAAUUGAUUUGGGGGAAAAAAAAGAAAAAAAGAAACCUUUUUUAAGAAGACCAAACUCCAAGCCCAGUUUUCUCCUUCAUCCCUUUAAAAUACAGAUGACAGCCUCAGGCUUCAACAUACGACCUGAUUUUCUUUGCAAAAGCUGCUUUAUUGCUUAUCAUAAAAAGAAAGUAUGAUUCUUGCAAACCACUGAAUUGAUCCAACUCAAGUGCCCUGCUUGUAGAUUAUAUGACGAGCUAUUGUUGUUCUCAUAACUGGGAAGAAAAAAGCAAUCAGAAAAUCUACCCCUAGCCAAGUGCUCAAAUUUAAUUUAACUUGUCCUCUUUGGGGCACCUGUAAAGAAGAGGGAGGAGUGUAAAAGAAUACUUAUAAGAGCCCAGAGUAAAAAGUUCCAAGGUUUUUAGCAUUUGAUGGAUCUACCGGCCUGAGAAUUACAGAGUAAGUCAGGACAAAAGAUCUAGGACUUCUUAAAAAAUGCCAAGAUCACCCUUACUUAGAUGUGAUUCGGGGGAAGCAUUCAGUGGCUAAGUUAACUUUGCUUUUCGACGGUUCAGUUCCUGCUGUCCCUGUUUUGACAUGCACUGUGUGAAACUGAAGCGUCACUGACAUUGAGGUGAGAGAGUAAUGAUCCCGAGUACAAUGGCUCUUCGAGGAAGGCUGUCCUGCAUUAAAAAAAAAAAAGUGUGAGUUCCUUUCGUUAGCUGUCGUAUUUAUUAUUGUGGCAAGAAGCCGAGGUGGCCCUAGGAACCAAUGCAUGGUUUGCACAAGUCUGGAUAUCCACGUUGAUGCAUUUUGUAAUGAUCGGAGUCCCUUCUGUGCUCUAGUGCUUCACGAAUUAUGUUUUAGGAAGAGGAAAACAAGUCUUUCUUUGGACGCGUUGGACUGUGCUAACUGGCGGUAGCUGAUUCCCGAGCCAGGUAGCUCCGACUCCUAGAAAUACUGAAUAGGAUGAACAUUGAUCUUGUCCUUUUUUUAAAUGUACCCGCGUAAGCUCUAAGUAGCACAGUGUAAUCGUUUUCAGUCACUGGACCAAGUUUUUCUAAAUGUUCCUGCAACUUUGUUUCCGGGGGGUGGGGGGGAGAUGCAUAAAUGUAAAAACGGCACCAGCAACGUGCGAGAGCACGGGUGUGACCUCCAGCCUCUUUUUCUCACCACCGACUCCUGAACAACGAAGCCUUGUCUGUAACUUUGCCUAAAGAUUGUCGGCCCCUCUGACCUGAAGCCAGGACUUAGAGUUGGUUUACAGCGGCUUAGCGGCAGGUCACUUCAAAAGUAUCCGCCUUGCUUCAGUUUUCCCCCUUAGACUCCUUAGGCUUUCAGCUGAGCGGCCCCUCUCCUGAGGAGAAGGGGUCGACGGCAGUUUGUUGACUGCAAACCCCAAGAGAUCUGAGAGAGUUCAGCACACCCGCACUAUAAAGAUGGAAGUCGGGGAAAAGGAUGUUUAUAAUUAUUGCCACAAAAAUACCAUUGUGGAAAGACAAAAAAAAUAAGAUAGUUCUAACCCCGGCAUACCCACACUAUAUACAAUCCACACCAGUGCGGGACACGAGAGCUAAAAUGAGACCUCACGGAUUCAGGGCUAAGCCUCGGGUUAAGGAAACCGUUACAGAGAGACGCAAGGACGGAAACAGCAAGAGAUGUUAUGUUUAAGACCUGAACACAAGUCCUUAUGGCAAACCUCUGGUUGUCGUCUUGCAUCUUCAAGGCGUGAAACUUGCAGGCUUCAUUGUGCAAACGCCAUCUAUAGAGAACACCCCUGUAACCCUUCUGUGUUUUGGAAUUGCGUUCUCAAAAUGAUGAGGGAGUGGUAUACUUGGGGGAGUCACGCCUUCUGAAAAGAACAGCUUAAACUAAAAUCUAAGUGCUUUUUCUGUUUUUUUUUUUACUUGCAAAUGGCAGUGAUUGUUAAUCCUUAUGAAAUUGUACAGGUUUCUAAUUGGUUGCAUUUGAUACUUGCCUUUAACAGCCUUUUAAUGUUGUUGCUGGAGGGUGAAAAAUCAAAGGACAAAGUCUAACGCUCCCCAAAGAAGCGUUUUUUAAAAAAAGGUCUGUUGAAUUCCCAAUCACGUCCAGUGAUAAAAACUUUUUGAAAGAGGGCAUCCCUGAUGAAGGAAAAGAUCUGGUCAAAAUCUUGGAUCUUCUUCUAGAUAUUUUGAAUUUUCUGAACUCCUCUGAUACUGUAAGUCCACCAGAGCAUUACGCAUUUCACGGGAAAAGCUGUAGGAUCGGUCGCAGCAGCACUUUCCUUCAAUGACAUUAUUUUUUGGUGUGGUGCUUUACUACUAAAACUAACUUACAUCAACACGUAAAGCUCCAAAGGACCUUAGCAAAACAUAAGGCACUUGGAAGCAAAAGGAUUGAUGCUUAACCCUGAGCUGCACUUUUAAUAUAUUUGGCUCUCAAAAAGACAGCAUUAACUACUAAGCCACCUUCUGCAAACGUUUUUGGCAAAAGGUGCCCGAGGAAAUAGACGAGUACACAAAUGUCUGUAUUCCAUUUACUUGGAAAACUAGCUCCCUGUAGCGAGGAAAAGUUGGGGAAAAUUGAAUAAACUGAUUAUUUCAGAAUACUACAUUGACAUGCUUAUCUGUUUGUGCUUCUCCAAUUAAACUGAGAAUUUUGGAACAAAGUGGGGCUUUCUUUUUUCAUAUCCUUAUUACCAAGUCAUUACAGAGCACAUGGUGUCCCCCUUAUGGUGCUAUUUCUUCAGCUAACUGGAAGUGCUGAUCCGUGGGGGAGCAGAGCUUCCUCCCAGCUGACCACCCUCAUCCCAGACAGAACACUAUGCUGAAACAAGAGGAAAAUGUGCUGGUGUGCAAUUCUUGGGUCUGCAGGGUUUUGCUAUUUUUCAUUUAGCCAAUUUUCUUUCGUUAAAAAAAAAAAUACUUGAUGUUUUGUGGACUAAUGUGAACUAAGACAAAUGAAAAAAGAAUACAAUUAUCUGUGGAAGAAAACAUUUGUACAUUAAACACGUGACCC